AUGAAAAGUGGAGCGUCGUGUGCUGAAGUAGUUCGAUCGGUUUUAGCACACUGUGAUGGUUCGAGGACAAAUGUUCCCGAUUUUAAUAUCUUUUUAGAUUUUGAGAGUGCAGUUCCUUCCGAAUCUGAGGCACAUCUUUUUGCACUUGCUGACAAGAUUCUUGAGCAGGCAAAUUUUUUAUUAGAAGAUAUAAAUAAUUAUGGAGCUGGUGCAUCAGCUCAAGUACGUGUCGCUAUACAAUGGCCAAAUAAUGUAAAUUUUCAAGCUGAAGCUCUCGAGAUUUUAGAAAAACUCAUUUCACGUAUUCGGACGUAUUAUGAUUUGUCACAACGGUUGGAAAAAAUCGUGCCGAUGUUGUUAUGGGAGCUUUGCUCUGGGCCAUUGCCACCUGCAGAACAAUUAGAAGCAUCGCAAGCAAUAUGUCGUCAAUUUGCACGUAUAAUCGACUUUGUUUUGUCAUUUGAUGCUGUGAAAAUGUGUACUCCAGCUCUUCAAAAUGAUUUUAGCUUUUUUCGACGAUCCAUGUCAAAAGAAAGCAAUAUAAAAUAUGAAAUGAGUCCUGAUUUGGCCAAUACAAUAUCAUUAUUUCUUGCAAGUCCAACGCCAAUGUUAUCCGCACUUACUACAGCGACUCUUAAUUUUGUUGUAAUACAUGCCGACUUACCAGUCGCAAAUACUACUGAUACUUUAGCGACUAUAGCACAGAUUUGUCGAUUUAUGGUAGAGAAAAUGGAAAACUGGCAAAAGCUUUCAGAUUAUAUUCGUUUAUUCACUAUUCGUGUUAUGGUUGGUGCAAUUAUCCUCUACGAUCAUGUGGAUAGUGCUGGCGCUUUUUGUAAAGAUUCACCAAUUGAUAUGAGGUCGGCCGUUGAAUUAAUUAAAGCUCGAACUGAAAGUGAACAAAGUGAAACACUGCUAAACGCACUUCGUUAUACCACGAAACAUUUAAAUGAUGGUAGCACACCUAAAUCAGUUCGUGCUAUUUUUUUUUCUUAG